AUGACUACUACGUGUCUAGUCAAAGAGACACAACGUGAACCAUUGUAUCACCAAGAAUCAUCAGCCACACUCUUAAUCGCUGGAAUAUGGCAGCUAGAGAGAAAACUCGGCUCAGGAUCGUUCGGUGAAGUGUAUCGUGCGAUUAAUUUCCAAACAGGUGAAACAGUAGCGAUUAAACUUGAAUUAAAUCAUACGCAUUCACAACAACUGGCAUUCGAAGCUAAAUUAUAUAAACUAAUGAAAGGCGGAAUCGGAAUACCAAAACUGUUGUGGUUUGGUGAAGAAGGAGAUUAUAAAUGUUUGGUUAUUGAAUUAUUGGGUGCAAGUUUAGAAGAUUUGUUUAAUACAUGUUUACGUAAAUUUUCAUUAAAAACUAUUUUAAUGCUAGCUGAUCAAAUGAUAGCAAGAAUUGAAUAUGUACACCGAAAACAUUAUCUUCAUCGAGAUAUUAAGCCAGAUAAUUUUCUCAUUGGAAGUGGACAACAAUGUACAAAAGUCUAUGUUAUUGAUUUUGGUUUAGCAAAAAAAUUUUAUGAUAAUCGAUCAAGAAAACAUAUACCAUACAAAGAGGGAAAAAGUUUAACAGGAACACCAAGAUAUGUAUCGAUUUCCACUCAUUUGGGUAUUGAACAAAGUCGUCGUGAUGAUAUGGAAGCAUUAGCAUACGUUUUUAUUUAUUUUAAUUGUGGUCAAUUACCAUGGCAAGGCAUUAAAGCAUUAAAUAAACGACAAAAAUAUGAGAGAAUAUGUGAAAGUAAAAUGUCAACACCAAUUACUGUACUUUGUGCCGGAUUUCCACCUGAAUUUGCCAUGUAUCUCUCGUAUUGUCGUCGUUUGAAAUAUACAGAUGAACCAGAUUAUACUUAUUUAAGACAAAUAUUUCGAAACUUAUACUAUAGACUCAAUUAUAUUCAUGAUAGUAUUUUUGAUUGGAUUAUUUGUAAGAGAAGUUCUGAUAGACAACAACAGCAACGAAUUCAAUUAUCAGCAGCCGAAGGAGAAGGAUAUAAACGUAUCCUUAUUGAGUUUCAAUCAUCACUUCACGAUGAAAAUCAACACCAUUUAGUUACACGACAAGAACAACUAGUUGUCUGA